AUGUGGUAUGAACAGAUUUAUUCGAGUCUGAUAACAGUUGGUUGUGUGGCAAUAGCAAUGUUUACUAUGCUACCGGUCAAUUUAAUCGAAACAGGUCAUGCACAUCGUCGAUAUAUGGGUAGCUAUAUAUUAAUAAUGGAAUCACUUGCUUCCGUACAUUCAAAAAUGGGAUGUUUGGAACCGUUCGUAAUAUCCGAAUGUAUUAGUGAUUGGAAAGCUAUUAGGUGGACAUAUCAACGAUUAGCAGAAAUUGUAAAACCUGCAGAAAGGAACGGAUUUUUAAGGAUAAGAUUAGGUCCGAUAGAACAUAUAAGAGGAAAAAUUAUGUUCGAAAAUGAGUCAAAAGUGGCAUAUAUCCCCAGUCUUGAACAAUUCUUUAACUGGUUCAUUGGUGAAGCUACAAUGAUGGCAGAUGAUCAGACAAUGGUAGAUAGAACAAACUAUUGGGGAUAUUUCGACUAUAAUUAUGUUUUUGAUAUUAUGGAUCCGGAAAAUAUCAAUGAUAUCAAUUGGCAGCAUCUUGGAUUGGAUAUCAGUCCUGUUGACUCAACCAUUUGGAUUGGAACACCAGGAGCUCACACCCCCUGUCACUAUGAUUCUUAUGGCUAUAAUGUGCAUGCUCAACUUUCUGGAUCAAAGAGGUGGAUUCUGUUUGAGCCAAGCGAAAAUAUGAAGCCCGUUCGAAUUCCAUAUGAAGAAUCCACUGUUUUUAGUAGUUUGGAUGUGAUUGGUGCUGAUAGUUCACUACAAGGGAAGAAGAUAAGAGUGGCUACCCUGAGAAAAGGUGAUGUCAUAUUUGUACCUCCUGGUUGGUGGCAUUGUGUUCAGUGUGUCAAUAUUAAUGACAGUGAAAAUGAUCUGAAUAAUAUCAGUGUUUCGAUAAAUACAUGGGUACCACUGGCUAAUUACGACCGAAUUCCUCGUUUACAAGAAGCCGCUACAUCUACCAUGGUCGCCAUUCUUAUUCGAUCCGGUUUAAUUAGUUCAAAACAGAUUUGUUCGUCAGAAUCAGCGGGAUGCUAUGAUGAUUCAUUGUAUGAUUUUGAGAAAUUACUGAAGGAAUCGAAAAAUGAGACAGCAAAUGAUGAAAGUUUACAUCGUUUGAUGGAUUUUAUAGAAAAGCAGAAAAAAAGGAUGACAGUUUUACCAAUUGUUUUGUUCGCUGAUUUCCGCGCUGAGCAGGAAAAAGGACCUUUGAAAAUCAUAGAUUCAUCAGACGACUCCUUGUAUCGCGCAAAUUUUACUACUUCAACAUCAAAUUUAACCUCAUUUCAAAAACAUUUCAUUGAUUCACUGCUGUCGGAAAAAGUUCUGACAACAUUAAUAGCGCAAUUACAGGAAUGGGCGUGA